GGGCCUAUUUAUACCACCCAAUAAGACAUAUACACAUACACAAACUUCUAUACUACUUCCAUUUCCACUGUUCUAUUUUCUCUAAGAUUUAUAUAAGAUCAAAUCAUGGAGAUCCUGUGCAACCAGGGAGCUAAAAUUGUUGGGUCUCUAAAUGCUAGGGUUCAUGGGAAUGGGACAGAAGCCCUAAUUUUGUCCCAUGGGUUUGGUGCAGACCAGUCCCAAUGGCAUUACCUUGUCCCAUUCCUUGCAAUCUACUUCAAAGUAGUGGUCUUUGACUUGGUCUUCUCACCAAAUGUCAACCCAAUUUUUUACCAGCCAAACAGGUACUCGGAUUUAGCUGCUUAUGCAGAAGAUCUGGUUUGUCUUCUUGAUCAGCUUGGCGUGAAGAAAACGACUUAUUUGGGUCAUUCUAUGUCUGCCAUGAUUGGCUGUUUAGCAGCUAUAAAGAGACCUCAGAUGUUUGACCAGCUUAUUCUACUCAGUGGCUCUCCAAGGUAUCUCAAUGAAAAAGAUUAUACCGGGGGCUUUGAGAGGUCAGAAAUAGACACAAUCUUCAACCAAAUGGACAAAAAUUUCUCUGGUUGGGUUCAAAACUUUGCUCAAACAGCGGUUGGUGUGAGAGACUCAAAAGCCAUAGCAGAAUUCAGCAGCACGUUAGGAAGAAUGAACCCGAAAGUAGCCCUAAGUGUUGGUAAAACGGUCUUCCUAAGUGACCUAAGACAAGAACUGCCUCGGGUCAGGGUACCCUGUACCAUAAUUCAAUCAAGUAAGGACAGGAUAGUGCCAACAUCAGUUGCAUCUUACAUGAAGGAAAAACUUGGACAAGUCUAUGAGGUUAGGAUCCUAGAAACCGAAGGUCACUUUCCUCAUCUAACGGCUUCCGAUUUACUCAUUGAAGUUCUUAAAAAUGUUCUUCAUGUUAAAGGGUAAGUCGGAUCUGGUAUUGUAAUUCUGAAAAUCAAGACACUGCAAAUCUGUUUAUGGUGGAUUAUUUAAUUUUCUCCAAUGGUCUGUUAGGGCCUAACACUGCCAAUUAGAAGAUAAUUUUAAGAAUACAAUUAAAUAAAAUCCAAGACCUAUCAAGACUUACCAUCA